CUAACAAAAUUUUCAUAAAAUUAAUAGUCGCGAAGGUCUAACAAAGUUAUAUUCUCAGAGCCAAAUCCAAUUUAAAUCAAUAAAGAUUAUCAAGUGAAGAAUGGCACUUGUGCCAACGACUUACGACAAUUUUUCGCGUGAACUUGAUCGUCCACGUUACUACCCCCCCUACGAUUUUCAUCUAUAUCCUUAUCUGUGGGAUGACUCGAGGUUGUGUUGGCCCAGCACCGAGCGUCUCCUACGCCCGUUGGAUGACCUGGUAACGCGUCGAGUGCGUAACCAAUUGAUCCAAUCAUCUUUACUGGAUUGGCGUUAUCCAAUGCGUUGGGAUAAUUACUAUGCUGGCGAACGAGUACAUGUGGACGAGAAAGGAUUUCAAGUUGACAUUGAUGUGCGGCAAUUUAAGCCUCAUGAAAUUGUGGUGAAGACCAACGAUGAUUACGUGAUUGUACAAGGAAAUCAUGAGAAGCGAAACGACGGUAAUGGUCUGGUGGAACGCCACUUUAUACGAAAGUAUUUACUGCCACGCGGUUUCAAUGCCAACGAUGUCAUCUCUAAUCUCUCCUCGGAUGGUAUAUUGACCAUUAAAGCUCCUCCGCCACCACCGACGAAAUACUACACUCCAAAUGAACGUUUAGUGCGGAUUCAUGAGACGGGCAAAUUGGCAUUGCCCUGGAAAUGAUCAAAUACGAAAAAGAAGUAGUUCUCAAAGUUCUAUUUAUGACUAAGCAAUGUUUUUGUUGUUGAGGGAUAUGCUGGCAGGUGCCAAAAAAGUGCAAAAUUAUUUGAAUUGAUUCGAAAGCUAUUUUAAGAUCUUAUUAAGUACAAACGUGAAAUAAAUUAAUCAUCUACCACAUUCAUUUUUAUUCUCUUA